GUCUCUCCCUCCGCAGCGGCCUCCCGUCGCCCGUCUGGGCGCAUCCCGCGCGCGCCCCACCUUCCUCUCCACUGCGCCCGCCCGCGCGCGCACAGCCAGCCCCGCACAGCCCCGGGGGUGGGCGCGGAAAGUUGCAGCAAGCCAGAGCUUGGGGCGGGGGCGGCUGCGGGGGGGGGGGGGGGGGGCCCGCAGCGGCAGCCAAGACGGGCUCGGCUUCCAGGCCGCGAGGAGGGAUCCGGGUGCACCGCCGGCCGCUCUCCUCUUCGCACCCUUUUGGGGAGGAACCCGAGGGCCAGGGCGCGUGGGGUCAGCGCGAUGCAGGACCGAUUGCGCAUCUUGGAGGACCUGAACAUGCUGUAUAUUCGGCAGAUGGCGCUCAGCCUGGAGGACACAGAGUUACAGCGGAAGUUGGACCAUGAGAUCCGCAUGAGGGACGGGGCCUGCAAGCUGCUGGCUGCCUGUUCCCAACGUGAGCAGGCCCUGGAGGCCACCAAGAGCCUGUUGGUGUGUAAUAGUCGCAUCCUCAGCUACAUGGGGGAGCUGCAGCGGCGGAAGGAGGCGCAGGUGCUGGGGAAGAGAGGCCGGCGGCCUUCUGACAGCUGCUCGCCUGCGGACCGCACUGCCUGCCGAGGCCGGGUCUGCAUCUCGGACCUCCGGAUCCCACUCAUGUGGAAGGACACAGAAUACUUCAAGAACAAGGGCGACCUGCACCGCUGGGCGGUAUUUCUGCUGCUGCAGCUGGGGGAGCACAUUCAGGACACAGAGACAGUGGUGGUGGACCGGACGCUCACGGACAUCUCCUUCCAGAGCAAUGUACUCUUUGCUGAUGCAGGGCCAGACUUCGAACUGCGCCUGGAGCUGUAUGGGGCCUGCAUGGACGAGGAAGGGGCCCUGACAGGUGCCCCCAAGAGGCUGGCCACCAAACUUAGCAGCUCCCUGGGCCGUUCCUCGGGGAGGCGUGUUCGGGCAUCUCUAGAGAAUGCUGGAGGUUCUGGGAGCAGCCCCAUCCUGCUGCCCACCCCGGCUGUGGGGGGACCCCGGUACCACCUCCUGGCACACAGCACGCUGACCCUGGCCGCAGUGCAUGAUGGCUUCCGCACGCAUGACCUUAGCCUUGUCAGCCAAGAGGAAAACCCUGCUUGGCUGCCCCUGUACGGCAGCAUCUGCUGCCGCCUUGUGGCACAGCCUCAAUGCAUGGUGCAGCCCACAGUUAGAGGAGCCCUCAGGGUGCAGCAAGCUGGGGAGCUGCAGGAGUGGGUUCGGGUCUACGGAGUCCUGAAAGGCACAAACCUCUUCUGCUAUCGGCACCCCGAGGAUGCGGACACUGGGGGGGAACAUCUUUUGACUAUUGGCAUCAACAAGGACACCCGGGUGUGGUCGGGGGAACUGGAGCCAGGCAGGAGCCUGACCCUGAGCAUCAGUAACCAGUGUGGGGAGGAGACGGUGGUACACACGCUGCAGACUGAGAGCCGGGCGGCCCUGCAGAGCUGGAGGGAGGCACUGCGGCAGCUCUUCUUCGACAUGAGCCGGUGGAAGCAGUGCUGUGAGGAAAUCAUGAAAAUCGAAAUCCCUGCUCCCCGGAAACCACCGCAGGCGCUGGCCAAGCAGGGGUCUUUGUACCAUGAAAUGGCAAUUGAGCCCCUGGAUGACAUCGCAGCAGUGACGGACAUCCUGGCCCAGCGCAAAGAUGCAAGGCUGGAAAUGGCCCCGCCCUGGCUUGUGGUAUUCUCAGGCCAGCCAGCCAGCCCCCCCUCUCCUGCCCCCCCGCCCUGGGGGCGUCCACGGACCCUGUCCUUGGACUCUGUCCCCUCAGACCGUGCUCCAGGGGUGCCCCGUUCUGCUGCCCCUCGGCCUCCACAGACCAGAGGCCUCUUCAGUAAAGGGGCCCCCCACAUGUGGUUCCAGUCAGCAGUGUGAGCACCAGGAUGAGGACUCAUGUGCAGCAGGACUCGGGAGUGGUGUGCUGGGCAGCACCAAGCUCUGCCCAAGAAGACGGUGUGGGGCCCUUGCCUGCCAAUGUGAGGAGGGGACCCCCCUCCAACCCCAAUUCCUGGGAGGAAACUGGAAUCAAGCCUGCCCGCCCACUGGCCACUGUCCCUGCACUAACUGGCUUUAGACGGGGCACCGGGGCACAACCCCUAGAGCCACAUGUGGUUCAUUAAAGUAUUUAACAGCU